AUGGGUCUCUCCCAGGAACGUAAACUGGAAUACUUUGAAAAGCUCGAGUCGUUGCUUGAGAAUUACACCAAAAUCUUUCUCGUUGGUGUCGACAAUGUCGGGUCAACGCAAAUGCAACAAAUUCGUCUUGUGCUCCGUGGCCGUGGGGAGGUCCUCAUGGGAAAGAACACGCUUAUGCGGAAAGUCUUUAACAAUUUUGUAAAGAAGAAUCCGGGUCACCCUCUUGAGAAUUUCAUUCCGUUACUGAAGGGAAACGUCGGUUUUGUCUUUACCAAUGAAGACCUGUCUGAGAUUCGUGAAGUGCUCGAGUCCAACCGUGUCCCUGCUCCUGCUCGUGUCGGAUCCAUUGCCCCAGUGGAUGUCAUUGUACCCCCUGGACCUACGGGUGCUGACCCUGGUCAGACCUCGUUCUUCCAGGCUCUGCAGAUUGCUACGAAGAUUCAAAAGGGUCAGAUUGAGAUUGUGUCGGAGGUUCUGCUGACCAAAAAGGGCGACAAGGUCGGCAACUCUGAGGCUGCUCUACUGCAGAAGCUUGACAUCAAGCCGUUCUCGUACGGUUUGGUCAUUGAGCAAGUGUACGACAACGGCUCUAUUUUUGACCCUGCUGUACUGGACCUGACCGAGGCGGACCUUUGUGCUAAAUUCGUGGCUGGUCUGCGUAACGUGGCUGCCGUUUCGCUGGAACUGGGCAUCCCUACGCUUGCCUCCAUCCCUCACUCGAUUGCCAAUGCCUUUAAGGACUUGGUGGCAAUUGCUGUCGAAUGCGAGGAGUUCUCGUUCGAGAAGGCGGAGCCUUACAAGGCGUUCCUAGCUGAUCCGUCUGCUUUCGCCGUAGCUGCUCCUGCUGGUGGUGCCGCUCCUGCUGCUGAGGGCAAGAAGGAAGUGGUCGUUGAAGAGGAAGAGGAAGUCGACAUGGGUGGCGGCAUGGACAUGUUUGGUGGUGACGAAGACUACUAA